CUACCAGUUUUGUUACGGCACUCUCACCAAUUUUCUAGCGAAAUGAAACAGGUCCCAGCUGUGAAUCCCCUCCCAAAAUAUCAUAUCAUUGAUAUUACUCCACUUUUAAAAUUCUCCAGCUCUCAAUCCACAUACAACCGGCCGCCAGUGUGUGUUGUUGGCUAGUAAGUCAAUGUACUGUCAAGUUUGUGUCUGAUAAACGCCGACCUAAAAACGUUUUAGGAAAUUCACUCAAAUAAUGCAAGGCGAAAUGUCUCUAUUUUGGCUGUGAGCACCCCGUACGUUGUAUUUGGGGGGGGGGUUAGUUAAUGACAGUGAGGCUUUAUGUGUAGUGAAGCAUCUUCUCUUUAGACGAUCUUUGUACUCGGUCAGCUGAUCUAGGAAUGUACAAGUUACAAAACAUAGAAACCCCGUAACACGCAGUAGUACCAUUUAAAAAACAGACUCAAAGAAACGACUUGAAAUCCCAUAACGUAAUUUUGCUGAUUGUAGUCGCCGGAAUAUGUCAACCAAUGGAUCCUGCUACAACCACGGCUCCGAUGCAGAACGACUGUGAGACAGAGUCAAGUUCAGUUUGGAGCUGGUGGCCCUCCUGGCGUCCAACCUCCAUGUCCCUUUUGAAGACUACAGAGUCCAAGAUUCUUAACUGUAUUCAGAAUGACCUAUGGGCCAGGUUUGUGACCCUUCCAAACCAAGACCGAAUAUGGACUCUGACCCUCACUAACAAGGCAGUUCGCAAACCUGUGACGCAAGCUGCUAAGACUCCCUUGGUGAUGGUUCAUGGCUUUGGAGGAGGGGUAGGCCUGUGGAUCAGGAACCUGGACAUGCUGAGCCGGUCACGGCCCGUAUAUGCCUUCGACCUCCUGGGUUUUGGCAGGAGUUCCAGGCCUUCUUUCCCUUCAGAUGCUGAAAAGGCAGAGGAGCAGUUUGUCAACUCUAUUGAGCAGUGGAGACAAUCUGUAGGCCUGGAGAACAUGAUUCUGCUGGGACACAGUCUGGGGGGGUACCUGGCGACCUCCUAUGCCAUCCAGUACCCUUCUAGAGUGUCACAUCUUAUCCUGGUUGACCCGUGGGGUUUCCCUGAGCGCCCACAGCCACAGACACAGACCCAGGAGGGUCAAAGUCAGGGGCCAGAGGUGGUGAAAAGGCGGCCUAUUCCACGUUGGGUGAAAGCUAUUGCAGCAGUGGUUUCCCUCUUCAACCCACUGGCUGUUAUCAGAGCAGCAGGCCCAUGGGGUCCGGGCUUGGUGAACAGAUUUCGCCCCGAUUUCAAAAGGAAGUUUGAAGAUAUGUUUGACGAUGACACUAUGACGCAGUAUAUCUACCACUGUAAUGCACAAACCCCAAGUGGUGAGGUGGGUUUCCGGGCCAUGUCGGAGUCUCUUGGCUGGGCUAAGAGGCCUAUGCUUCAGCGGGUUCAUCUGCUGCCCCCCUCCAUGCCACUCACCAUGCUGUAUGGAGCACAAUCCUGGGUGGACAGCUCAUCUGGAGACAGAGUUGCCCAGAUUAGGAGCCAGGUCCACACCAAAGUGCUGCUGAUAAAUGAAGCCUCUCACCAUGUGUAUGCUGAUCAACCAGAUGAGUUCAACAGAGUGGUCGAAAAUAUAUGUAGCUCUGUUAACUGACAUGUGCGUAUGUGUACAAGGACUCUAACUACAUAUACAAUUCAUUCACAAUUGGUGGUUUCAUCACUGCAAACUUUGCAUGUGAAAGCACGCUGAAUGGUUUUGUUUCAGGGCAGUAGCUCUUCAUAACUUUGAAUGUAAUUUUGUUAUGAAUCCUGUCCUCAUAGUAACAAGUUAGUGAUAUUAUCGUAGUGAAAUUGAGUUGUAAUUUGUUGGCUGAUGUACACUAUUAUUUUUUUUCAAGCUAGUAUUGUCGUUAAAUGUAUUUAUUACAUAUGAUAUGUAUUUUUAAUGUGUCCAUACAGGAGAUUAAUUGGACCACUUAAUACACUACUAAAUUAUUUUGCCCAUUUUUAUGUUGU